AUGGCUUCGCGAUCAGAUUCUGGAGUUCCUCUCCUCAAGACGUGCCAGACGUGCUUCCACGCCAAGAUCCGAUGCGAAAAGUCGCAGGACUCGGGCAAGUGCGAUAGAUGCCUGCGGCUCGGAAAGACAUGCGUCUUUAACCCGUCUCGGCGCCGCAAGGCCCUACGGCCGGGACCACCAAAGAAUCUCGAUGCAAGCCCUACAAGGUCGAGAUCACCAUCAAUCACGUCUGCAAAUGCGGCUUCUACUUCGAAGGAUGCCGCUGGCAGCUCACCGGCUUUCUCCAACACGCCGGGCAGCAUUGACACGGACGCGACUUCAAGUCCGUUUGCCCGCGGUCUGCUAUCAUUUGAACAUGGUCAAGAUCUUUUGGACGUGUUUAGGACCAAGAUGACGCCUCAUUUUCCGUUUGUAGUGGUUCAGGAGAAUGUGACUAUUCAGGAUCUCGUACGGGAGAAGUCAGCACUCUGCGUGGCGAUACUCUCAGCAGCUUCACACGGAGAUCCUAAGCUUCAACGCGCUCUGGGUCAAAUGUUCAAUGAGAUCGUGGCCGUUCGAUUAAUCAAGGGCCCUUUUGCCACCCUCGACAUGUUGCAGGGGCUGCUGGUGCACUUGGCAUGGCUGGAUAGACCACGAGUGGCCAGUCUCUGGGCGUUGAGCAGGGAAACGAAGCAAGCUGUUGGCAGUCUGAACCACGAUGAGAUGAGAGCGCUGGCAGGGACAUAUUAUCUCUCGUCAAGUUCUGCAGUUUUGCUGCAAAAAUCCCAUCACUUCAGAUACACACCUUAUAUCCUCGAGUGCUGUCAUCAACUCACAGCAAGAACAAACCAAUCAACCGAUAAACACCUCCCAUACAUCAUCUACCUCCAGAAACUCACCGAAGAAGUCGACGACGCAGUAACGGGGGCCACUUCUUCACAAUCAACAACAACACAACAACUUCCAGCUGAACUCCACCGGAUAAGAGAGCGAUACAUGACGACAAAGGCGUCACUACCUUUCCCUCUGAGUGAAAGCCCAACCAUCCUCUUGCAACUACACGUCCUUGAUCUUCUCAUCUGCCAACCGUCACCAGACGGCGUCUCAUACGGCCCCAACGGCUUCCAAAGCCUUCAAGCAGCAGGCGACCAAAACCGUCUCUUGGACUGGCUAUCUCAAAGCAUCUCGGCCGCCAAGUCUCUUAUCAGCGUCGUCCUCGUCCUACCUCAAGGCGAAGAGGGCGCAAUGCCAAACACUGGAUGGAUCAUGCUCUAUUGCGCUGUAUCUCUCGCGGUUCGACUCGAUCUUGUGGCUGCGCAAGCAGAGAAUGCUCAGACGACAGGCCAUCUUCGUCGUAUUCUCGACAUGCCUCAUACUCUCCGACAAAUCGUGCUCCGAAUGGAAGCAGCUUCAGGUCCAGAUGCCGGCGAUGGAGAAAAGGAUCCAUUCUAUGGCCUCUCGCGACGAGCAAGACGCAUAGAACAGUGGUAUCUCGAACGCUGCGGCCCAACCGACUCACCAGAUGUUGCCAGCCUCUUUAACUCCUCCGUAUCCUCACCAGCCAAUGCCCUUUCCGCUCAAGAUCUCGGCCUUACACCAUCAUCAUUCGGAGAACCGAGUAGUAUGGUACCGAGUCUGCAAGUAACGGGCGAACCAGACGACUCGUGGACGACGAAUCUCUUGGCGGAUUUCGAUACCGAGAUUGGAAUGAACAACUUUUUGUAUACAGGGCCAUUCGAGUUCCUAGGAGACCAUCAGUUCUAG